AAAACCGGGUAUACAAGAGUUUCGGGAAUACCCGCUAUUAUUUGACAAUAACUUGUUUAUAUUAGUUCUUGACCAUUUUUUUGUCAUUUAAUAAUUGGAAUUUAAAUACUAGGUUUUGAGAUUUGAUAAGUUGGAUUAGAUCAACUUUUUUAAGGGCUCCAAAUGGAUGCCUUCCAAAAUCAGCGGCAGGAAAUGAACUUACCAGUUACACCGCAACAAAUGCAAGAAAUAUUUCAGCAGCAGUUAGAAGAGUUAAAAAAACAAAUACAGUCUGCGCAAACCCCACUUGAUCAGAUGAAAAAUGAACCCAAAGAUCUGUAUUCGGCACUUUUCAUUGCUAACUUGAACUAUGAAUCUUUUAAGCAACCCCUCUCGGCUGGUACAUUAAAAAAAACAAUUGAUGAGACAGAACUGGAAGGUAUUAAAUGUUUGGCUUCAAAUGUAAACAAUAGUCAAAACGGAAUUGCAUUCACAUACCUAAAGAUAUGCGCCGUUUUUGGUUACACAGAGAAAGGUUUGAAAUUGAUCCAAAGUGGAGCGAAAGUUGAUCAACAAAAUAAUCAAGGUCUAACUGCUCUGAUGUUGGCCGCGAUGUUCCAUUCUGAUGAAUUUGUCAAGAUGUUGAUUCAGAAUGAAGCUGAUGUCAACUUAAAAGAUAGACGACGAUUAAACGCUCUAAUGUUGGCAGCUCUGCAAGGUCACGAAGAUAUUGUACAAAUACUGUUAGACCACGAGAUUGACGUCAACAGUAAAACUCCCAAUGGCUUAGACGCUCUUCACAUUGCUGUGGAGAAAGGCUUCACAAAGAUCGUUGAAAUGCUUCUGAGCAAAGGGGUCAAUACUUCAACCAGAUCUCUAGACGGCUGGACUCCUCUCAUGAGAAGUGUUCGCCAUAAAGAUCCAACUAUUACUAAAUUACUUUUAAAAACAAAUGCUGGUAUAAACGAAAAAGAGACUAGGGGAAACACAGCUUUACAUCUUUGUGGCAUGUAUCAGAAUUUAAAAGGAACAAGUCAUCUACUGAAGCAUGGCGCUGAUGUCAAUUGUAUAAAUUCAAUUGGUAUGACUCCUCUGAUGUAUAUUGUCAGCAUUGGCAAUUUAGGGAUUGUACAAAAGCUGUUAGAUAAAGGUGCGAAAGAAACAAUUAAUGUUGUCAACAAAUACAAACGUUCUGCUUUGUUUUUUGCUGUUUUUAAAAAUGACUUGGACGUUGUUAAAGAAUUAAUAAAAGCGGGUGCCAAAACUAACCUGUGCGAUAUUUUCCACACUUCACCUCUGAUGUACGCUUGCAAAAACAAAAGCUCAGACGUAGCAAAAUAUUUAAUAAAGUUAAAAGAUGAAUCUUGGCACAAAGAUCUUGAAUUUCUCAAGUGCAUAGAUUCAGCAGUUCGGAAUAAUGAUACUCAAACUGUCGAGUAUUUAUUAAAUAUGAAAAAUAAAGAAAAACUUUCCUCCGAAGUUCAACCUACACUUCAAAACUUUGGGGGUCCGCUUAUGAUUGUGGCCGCGGCGAACAGAAACAAAAGAAUGCUACAACUUCUACUGGAUGCUGGGGCCAAUGUGAACAGUGUGGAUCAAUUUCUGCAAUCGGUAUUGAGUACUAUUAUAGUACAAAAUGAUGAUAUACUUUCGAAACUAUUAGUCACAACUUAUAAAGCCGAUGUGGAUCUACAAGACGAAUUAGGAAACACACCACUUCAUGUUGCAAUAGCCUUAAAAAACAAGACGAUGGUUGACUUUCUUCUUCAGAAAAAAGCUUCCAGACAUCUGACCAAUGUUCAAGGCGUGUCCGCUAUUAUGUCGGCAGCACUGGUUGGUCAAAGUGAAAUUGUCAAAGCCCUUUAUGUUCAAGAGUAUGAUUUGGAGCUUUCGGACAUUGAUGGAUGGACACCUCUAAUGUUUGCAUGUUUAUCUGGAGAUUACAAGACGGCUAAGUUUUUAAUAGAGAGGGGAGCCAAUACAAAUGUAUGUUCUCAAGCAAAUGCCACCCCACUUAUAAUUGCCUCUAAUCAUGGUAAAGAAGACGUUGUGACUUUAUUACUGGACAAUGGGGCAUCUCUUAGUGCUAGGGACAUAUUUGGGCAAACAGCUUUAAUUCACGCUGCACAAAACGGCCACACAAAAGUUGUAGAAAUGCUUUUAAAAAAGGAUGCUGAUGUAGAUGCUGCAGAUGUUUUCAAUAAAACGGCCAUAAUCCAUUCAAUACAAAGGAGAUGUAAAGACAUCAUAACAUUACUAAUUAAACAGAAUGCUAAUUGCUAUCAGGGAGACGUGUACGGCACGACACCAUUAAUGAUCGCUGCUUUCUCUGGUUAUACAGAAUUGGUACAAAUACUUCUAGAAUUAAAAGUUCCAAUUAAUGAUUCAAACUUGAAUGGCAAUACCGCAUUACAUUUUGCUUGUUGUAAUGGACACGUCCAAGUCACAUCACUCUUGCUACAGUUUGGUGCAAAGACACAAGUUACCAAUGGAAACGGGCAUACUUCGCUGAUGCUUGCAGCUGCCAAGGGUCAUGAUACAGUUGUCGAAAAAUUGCUGAAGCACUCAACAGAUGAUAAAGAUGUCGUGAAUCCAGUGGACGGUACAACUGCACUACUGAUUGCAGCACAGCUGAACAAGCUGUCAACAGUCAAACUUCUGGUUCAAGAUGGUGCCAAUGUUAACGCCAGGUCAAAAUCAGGAGACAGUGCGCUCCAUCUCAGUGUCAUCAAUGGAUGUAAAGAAGUGGUGAAGUUCCUCAGUUCCCUUCCAAGUGUAAACUUGAACGAUGCUAAUUGCAAACGACUGACACCUUUAUUUCUCAGCAUUUUGUGCCAGAAGUUUGAUAUUCUCAAGCGGUUGAUUAAAUCUGGGGCUGAUUUGUGGAAAGUCGAUGACGUGGGAACGAACGCCAUCCUUUUGAGCUUGAGAGAUAAAAGUUGUACGGCGUUGAAAACUAUUCUGCAAUAUCAUCAAUUGUUGCUAGAGGAGAAGAACACGUUACUUCUGAUAGCUAAAGAAGCCAAAUGCUCCGCUGAAGUUAUUGCGUUGAUUGACAGUGUUCAACCAAUUGAAACAAAGAGAAAUACGGAGACUAAAGAGGUCGCUGAAAACAUAUCGAAAGUCGCACCAUCGGAUAAGUCUGUCUCUUCUGGAAGUUACAUGUCAUCAGAAACAGUAAUCUCCCCUGAAGAUGUUACUAAAAUUCUAGAGGCCAAUAAGAAAGCAGCGGAAACAUUGAAUUUAGAACUUCAUGACAAGAAUGUAAACUUUUCUUUCACUGGUGACCACGUGAAUGUGACUAUCAACAAUAAUAUCAACGUGGAGAACAUGAUGAAGUGUAACACUGCGAUCGGGGACAAAAAUAAAAUGUUUGAUGACUCGAGAACUACUGAAGAAGACCGAGAGUGUCGAAGCUAAGAAAUGUUGUUUGAGUUGACUGUGGGAAGACGCUAGUGAUUGGUUGUGAAUGAUGCAAGAUAAGUGACAUUGUCAUCAGCGGUCUUAGGUACCACAGACAAAUCCAGAUUGCCAGAAUGAAAAAACGUGUUUUUGUAGUGAGUUCGAUUUACUUCAAAACACCAUUUUAUAUUAUGACUCAAGUCUAUUACAUUGAUUUUAUUUCUUCUCAAGUUAAAAAUUGUUAAUAUUGUAAUAAAAGUUUGUUUUAUUUAGUAUUGCUUACAAAGAAGUUAUUCAAGUUGUUUAAAUUUUUUUUAAAAGUUGAAAUGUAAUACGCCUACAGCGGUUUACUUGUAUACCAGCAGUUGGGUGCUACAAGUCAACGACAGUCUGCAACAGGGCUAGGACAAAAAUUUCACAAAGAGAACACAAGCAUUCACAGCUUGAUUGAAUUCAGUAAAACAUGAAUCCAGAAUGAUUUGUUGUUGUAUUGACCAGUUUAGAGGACUGGUUAUUUACAUAAAACGAUCAAUCAAACUUAACCAUAUUUCUCCCACACCUAUAUCUCGGAUCAAGUUAAAAUUUUGAAAAUUAUUUAUUGUACCUGACAAAACAAGAAUCAAUUUAAAAAAAUAAACAAAUAGAUGUUGGUAAUUAAUUUUUUUGUUUUGGUAUCGAUCAAGGGAAAGAAAUUGUACUUCACAUAUGUGGUGGUAUCAGUUGAAUUAGUCCCCUAUAUACUUUUGUGUAGAGAGGCGUUGCUUGAAAGUUCGAAACAAGCAAUAGAUAACUACAAACCUUCUAUUUUCAUAAGUACUUCCCAAGCACAGUGGUUAGUGUGUUUAUUUGAUUAGGCUUAAACAUGCGAGUUCGAAUUGAAAUCGUACAACUUUUUUUUUUUCACAA